UUUUUUUAUAUCUCCCUGUCAUCACAUGAACAUUGAAGAAGUGACUGAUUGUGACUUCAACUGUUUGUUGUUGGAGCUUUCAUUUAUAACCACAUUUUCAUAGCAUUUGCCCUACAGAAUGCGUUCCCUUGGACUGUGUAGUUUGAUGUUGCAUGUGAUCGUUGUUUGUUCCACGGAGUUGACGUUUGAGUUACCUGAUAACGACAAGCAAUGUUUCUAUGAAGAGCUCCAGAAUGGUGUGAAGUUUGACCUAGACUUUCAAGUGAUUGCAGGAGGGAACUAUGAUGUGGACUGCUUUGUAACAGAUCCAGUGAACAACGUCCUGUAUCAGGAGAGGAAGAAGCAGUAUGAUAGCUUCUCUCACACCACCACUAUGAAAGGAACCUACAAGGUCUGCUUCAGCAACGAGUUCUCUACCUUCUCCCACAAGACCGUCUACCUGGACUUCAGGUCUGGAGAGGAGAGACCCCUACUGCCUGACAUGAGCAGAGACACAGCCCUAACACAGAUGGAGUCGGCCUGUCUGUCCAUCCAUGAGAUCCUGAAGGUAGUGUCUGACUCUCAGACCUGGUAUCGGUUACGGGAGGCUCAUGACCGCAUCAGAGCAGAGGACCUCCAUGAGCGCGUGUCCUAUUGGUCGAUAGGAGAAACUAUAAUCCUUUUCACUGUCAGCAUUGGACAGGUUCUCAUUCUCAGGAGCUUCUUCAGCGACAAGAAGGGCAGUGUUUCAGCCAACACAUAGAUCCCACCAUAUAUAUUUAUUAUAUAUAUGAUACAUUCUAUAAUACUGGGUUAGUGUUUCAGCCAACACGAUAUUGUAUUAUAGGUCAUCUGCCACUAGACUCUAACCUACCUUCAUACCCCACAACAAACUGUAGUCCUAUACAGUUAUAUUAAAGGACUUCAGGAACUAUUAAAUCUGUCUGGUAUUAAGACUUUAGCUUGUGGAUUCUAGCCUCUGAAAAUGAAACACUGUGGUUGCAACAGCUGUUUAGUGAUUUCAAUCAAAAGGUUAGUAACCUAACACACCUGUGGUACACCAAGCCUUUAUCUGUUUUUGUCUCAGUGUGCAUCAUUAAUUUGUGCUAUGACAUUAAUUUAUUGUGUGUAAAACGUUUUGUUGGUCUGUCUCUCUCUUGUCACACACACCAUAACCCCACAAUUUGAUUUCCAUUUGAAAUCCUAUUUUCCCUUUCCUUAACCCCAACCCCUAAGCUUAAAUAGCCUUUGUCCUUGUGGGGAUGUGGUAAAUGUUCCCACGAAGGAGAAUUGUCCUUGUUUUACUAUCCUUGUGAGGACUUUUGGCAAUUCCUGGGCCACUUGAAGAUAGUCAAGACACGCCCCUAUCAUUAAAGUCAAUAAUGUUAUUAUGUUA